CUUAUGAGGCGUUUACUACCUUCAACUGUCCGCGUUUUCUUUAUCUGCCCUGUUGCAGUUUUACAUAUAAAAAAAUGGCACGAUUUCUCCUCAGAGCAGACCUCCGGAGGUGCGUCGCCUCUCAGAUACGAAUGGCAUCUGAUCAGCUUGGAGAGUUGGGCAAGGGAGCGGGCAAAGGUGGAGGUGGAGGAGGCUCUGUGAGGGAGGCAGGGGGUGCAUUUGGAAAGAGACAAGCACAAGAGGAGCAUUACUUCAGGCAAAAGGAGAAGGCGCAGAUGGAGGCACUGAGGAAGCAUCAUUCAGAGGAGAUUGAGCACCACAAAACGGAGAUUGAGCGCCUACAAAGGGAGAUUGACCGCCACAAGGGCAAAAUUAGAAAGCUGAACCAUGACGACUAAAGCCAGUUAUCAUCAUCUGAUUCCAAAGUCAAUCAAUAUCUUCUAUUGAUUGGUUUGCUGCUGGCCAAGGCAGGUCCACUUUGAACUGCCUUAAUUAAUACCAAUAAAGCACUUAAUUUUUGUAUUUCAUUAAAGCUUUUGCAAAUGUGUGUGGCUUUUUGUAUGUCCUUUGUUUAUUUCCAAAAUGUCAGCUGUUUGUAUGCUUUGGGUCAACUGUGUUUAUUCGAAAAUAAGGUUGAACCUGUUUUAGGUCUGCACAAAACAGAUGAAGAAUAUCAUUGGGCUGAAGUUGUGUCAGUCAAAGUUCAUCCUCUGUGGUUUGGUAGUUGAUGAUGAAGCACUUGUUUUUAAGUCCUCUUGUUGCCCGAUUACGUGCUGAAUAUCUUUGCUACUUCAAUUGGAUGUAACUAUCCUCUAAUUUUGUGUGUGGAAUUAAAUCUUCUUCCCUAA